UACUGAAAACGAAUAAUACAAAUUGAAGAUUAGAAUCACCCUAACCCUUAUUUCUAUUGAAUGAAACUGAUACACAUAUAUUGCAAAAACAAAUUGUUAAUUCUCGAUAUUUCGUUAAAACAUUUUAGUAGGAUCAAGGGCAAUUCAAUACAAUGGCCAAUGUGGAAUAGUAUCCGUUCAUUAGCGUGUCAUCUCAAUGGAUAUGAUAAUGGGUCACGUACGGAGCAUCAACGACAUACAUCACCAUUAAUUCUCUCAGUAACUUUAUCUCAACAAACAUGUUGCUAUAUAUAAUUCUUUAUAACGUUCUAACUGUCGACGCUGAUACUAAAUGUAUCUCCCACGAAAUCACAGCCGUCCCUAAGUAUUACCUUAUAGAAAAAUGUCAUCGUUCUAAACUUGGUGUAGCGUCCAAAGCAAAUUUUUCGACCCUCAACAGCUGUCGACGACUUGCUCUCGAAAAAAAGGCUUUAGCUUUAAAUUUUAGUCCGUCGGGAUUUGGGAAAAUAGGUAGGAAACCCGUAGAAUACACGUGUGAAGUUCUAAAGUAUGCAGAAUCUGAAGGUGGAUUGUCUUUAAGGAAUGAUACCAAUUAUGAUUACUAUAGCAUCUACGCCAAACAUUUACCAAACGUCAAUUCAUGCUGUGUGCCUCUAGCCGGCAUGUUCUAUUUGUUAUCCGAAAAAAAUAAUUACACUGAGGCAGAAAGACGUUGCCGGAACAUGAGCUCCGUCCUAGCGGGUGUGUUUAACCAACACCGCACGGAUACACUUGCGCAGGUAUUAGCGUCUUCAGGUGUUGAAGCAGCUUAUGUUGGAUUGGGAAGUAAUAAUGGCAGAGUGUUCCGAACUACUCACGAGUAUACUUGUGGUCAACACUUAGGAGAUUCCCUGGAUUGCAUUACGUACAGAGCCUGGGCACCGGGUCAUCCACGAAGAAACCUCAAUAUGUCCUGUGUUGUCCUCACAAGAGAGCAUACAUGGAAAACUACUUUAUGUCGGAAACGUUAUCCGGCUCUUUGUGAAUUACUUCCUGAUGGACCCUACAGAAAAGGAACAAUUUUCCAAAAAACCGACAUCACAUUAUCAAAACGCUCAAUUUUAAAGGGCUAAACAGAAAUAAUCUAACAUUAAGUAUGUUAAUGUUAGUAAAAUAAAUAAAUAUGAACUUAAAAAAUAAAA